UGGCCAAAGGACUCUCAGGUAGAUUUCCACAGAGCACAGGUGUGGCGGAACAAGUUUCCUGUUCAGACAAAAAUCAGAGGACCCUCCUGUCAUCAUCAUGGCUUCUUUAUGGGACGACCUGGACGACCUGGUGAACAAACCUUCAUCCUUCUCUGCUAAAGACGGUGAGAGAGGAACCAUCAAACCCAAAGCUCACUUUGAUGCUGGAGACGAUGCUGAGGCUCUGAAGAAGGCCAUGGAAGGAAUUGGCACCAAUGAGAAGACUCUGAUCGACAUCCUGACCCGCAGGACCAAUGCUCAGAGACAGCUCAUCAGUGAGGCUUAUGAGGCGACCACAGGCACAGCAUUGGUGGACGACCUGAAAGGAGAAACUGGCGGGGACUUUGAGGAUCUGUUGGUGGCGCUGGCGACGCCUCCUGCAGUGUACGACUGUCAUGAAGUGAUGAGAGCCAUGAAGGGAGGAGGGACUGUAGAAAGCGUCCUGAUCGAGAUCUUUGCCUCCAGAUCCAACGAACAGAUCCAAGCUCUCAACGAGGCCUACCUGACAGAAACGGAGAAGAUGGUGACCCUCGACAUGAAGUCCGAAAUUUCCGGAGACUUCGGCGAUGCUCUGCUCGUGCUGGCCAAGGGUCAGAGGGACGAGAGCACCACUGUGGAUACACAGAAGGCUAAAGAAGACGCCAAGACCCUUUAUGAAGCUGGGGAGAAGAAGUGGGGAACCGAUGAGUCUAAGUUUAUUGAAAUCCUCUGUCAUAGGAGCAUACCUCAGCUCAGACAGACUCUUGUGGAAUAUAAGAACAUCAGUGGAAAGACUCUGCAGGAGAGCAUCGAGGGAGAAAUGUCUGGAGAUCUGCAGGAGCUGCUGGUGGCGAUAGUGAAGUGUGUGAAGAGUGCCCCGGCUUACUUUGCAGAGCUUCUCUAUCACAGCAUGAAGGGCGGUGGAACAGACGAGUCGACUCUGAACAGGGUCAUGGUGAGUCGGUCUGAGAUUGACCUGCUGGACAUCCGAGCAGAGUUUAAGAAGCUGUACGAGUACUCGCUGCACUCGGCCAUCGAGUCUGAUCUGUCGGGGGAGCACGGGGACGCUCUGAAGCUGAUCUGUGGAGGAGACGACUAACACACCUGAGCUCACCUGAACCCUCAGUACCCAUCUCUCUCUGUUCCUUCACUAACUCACCUGAGUCCUCGGUACCCUUCUCUCUCUGUUCCUUCACUAACUCACCUGAGUCCUCGGUACCCUUCUCUCUCUGUCUUCACUGACUCACCUGAGUCCUCAUUACCCAUCUCUCUCUGUUCCUUCACUAACUCACCUGAGUCCUCAGUACCCAUCUCUCUCUGUCUUCACUGAUUCAGGACUCUGCUGUCUAUUAGAGGUGCAUGUGAAUAAAGUGUGCAGAGGGUAAUCAGUAAUGUAAGCCUGUUUGUGUUUCAGUCUGACGUUGGAGGAGAUUAUAAAAAGAUUCUGCUAAAGCUCUGUGGAGGAGACGAUGAUUAACAUCAUGUCUGUUUAUCUUUCUGCUCUUUAAAAACGUGAACGUUAAAACAACUGGAAAUAAUAAAAUGACUCUGAUGAAG